AUGACAUCAAAUGACAAUUCAAUCCGUAAUGAAAUAGCUCCAUUAAAAUUAUCCUUGCAAACUCUUUAUAAUCAAUAUUCAAUAAUUCCCUUAUCGUUUUCUGAUUUGUAUACCUACGAAGUUAUUAUUUUACUUGUCUAUGGUAUCAUAGUGAUAUUUUCAUUUUUUACAAAUUUUAUAGCAAUAAUUAUAUUCUUUUUUGGUCGUAGUUCACGUUCAGAAUUAACACCAUUUUUUCUAAAUUUAUCAGUAUUUAAUAUAAUUAUGACCGUUUAUUGUAUACCAUUUACAAUAACAUCCAUUAUAUUUCAACGUUGGUUAUAUGCACGGGCCUUGUGUGUUGUACUGGAUGGCUUCAAAACUUUCUCUGUGUCCGGCGUCCUAUUGACAUUAAUAACAAUAGCUAUAGACCGUUAUUGUGUUGUAAAAUAUCCGUUGGCGAUUAAAGUAUAUUCACCAAAAAAACGCAAUUUAUUAGCAAUAUUAGUUAUAUGGAUCUUAAGUAUAGCUUUGGCUUUACUGUGGUCUCCAGCGCGUUCAUUGCCGACACACGAACAACGUUUAUGGGUGAGCUCACGUACAAUAUUUGACACCUACUUGAAUUCAAUUGAAAAUGUGACAACAUUUGAAAACUCCAAUCUAUAUUUAAAACAAAUUCAUUUCGAACUUGUAAACACAGUACAAUGUUUACCAAAUAAAACAAAACGACCAGUUGAAGUUCGCAGAACAAUAUUAAAUUUUUUACAAACAUAUUUUAUUCCAUUAUUUAUAUUAACUUUCGUUUAUUCACGCAUAGCAGUUAUAUUAUGGCGACGAAAAAACGACUUCAAUUUUGAGCUUAACAAUUCCGGCAGUAAAAAUUUAUUUACAAGUGAAAAUAUUCAAUUCAAAAAAAAAUUAAAACAGGGAAUCAAAACUUUGGUUGCCGUCGUUGUACUUCAUGCUAUACUUUGGCUGCCCAUGAAUGUAUUUCAAUUAUGCUUAAACCUAAUUUGUUAUCAAGAAACAACAUAUCAAGCUUUUUGUACUCAUCCAACUUUAAUUAAAUUUCUUUACAUAGCUGCUCAUUUUUUAACUGUAUCAAAUACAGCAAUUAAUCCUAUUAUUUAUGGAUUUACUAACAAUCGAUUUCGGAUUGAUAUUAGACAAUUGACUCGACGCCUUAUUCACUGCCAAGCACGAAAUCCAGUUUAUUUUGAAGCACGAUUUGCUAAAAACAAACCGCCGGUACCUGCUAAUUGUCUAAAUAAAUCAAAUCGUCAACUAAACGCUACAGCAAUAACAAAUCAGAACACAGCUAAAACUAAAAGAUUAAAUGCAAAAGGACCAUUAUCUUUGACGGAUAAAAAUAAAUUUCACAGAAAUAAUUAUUCAAGCAGUGUUAUUGCCAAAGAUCAAUUGGUAACUAAAGUUCGGCAUACAACUUAG